UCGGGGGCCCAAGUAGGAAGGUGGAAGACGCCGACCGUGGGAUUUCCUUGUCGACUGAGGCGAUUGUCGAGUCUGACUCCAGUCAUAAAGCGCUCCACAUCACGUGACCAACCUCCGCCUCGCUCCACAACGUCCUCAAUUUUAGUCGUGGCAUAAAGGUUGGAAGAACGUGACCUGCUCAGCGCCUCUAAACGCCCUCAGCGUGGAUUCGGCCCUUCAGCGACCCCUCGUAUUCCAGGGGACAACGUUCAACGUCAAGGUCGGGCGGCGGCUGUUGAGGGUGCAUCGGGACUCCGGACUCCUCAGUUUCCCAACCGAGAAGUGGGAGCCCUGCCAAUUGAGGGUCUUAGUCUUGGAGAAGAGCUUCUUUUCCCUUAACGAUCACCUCCUCUGCGUGGGGUCGGAGGACGCUUCCCGGGGUCCUGCUCGGCUGAGCGCUCUGGCGGCAAUGGGUCCUCAACUGGCCCUCCUGGUGGGGGCGCUAGCCUGGUGCCUACUGUCUGCCCGGGGCUGUGUCAUAUGUGAUCGAAGGGUCCUGGCCGCCCUGGACUCCUUGGAUAAGGAAUACCUGCCUACCCACCUUGCCCCCGAGCGUCACAGAGAAGUGAUGGAAACGAUAAGACAAACCGUGGAGAAUUUCCGGGACCUUCCAGAUUUAGAGGAUCCCUUUAUGGGGGUUAUCGAUGAGGCGACAAUGCACAUGGCUGUGUUGAGUUUUCUGAGGAGUGUGAAACUUAUCAGAAACAGCGAUGUAGCAGAUGACACUUUCAUGAAGGAGUUCUCCUGGAUGUUGACUCUGGAAAAGGCAGCCUUUCGGGGCUACAUCACUCGGUUCCAAAGAGAGGAUUUUUGUCCCAACAAAUGUGGUACCAUGCUGCAGCUUCUGAUCUGGUGCAGUAACUGUAAAAAGCAGCUUCACGUUUGUCGAAAGUCCAGAGAUUGUGGAGUGCGCCAAAUCAACGUCCAUGAGAAGGAAGACAUGAUUCUGGACUGUGAGCUCAACUGGCAUAAAUUUUCUCAAGGCCUGACCAAUUACAGCUUUUACAGGGUUUGGGGGAGCAAUUCUGAGACCUUGCUGUACAAGGGGAGAAGGCCCACUCUGACCCAACGACUGGUGAUGCCAGAGGAUGCAGGUAACUACCGCUGCGAGUUGGGCACUGUGCGAUCCGGCCCAGCCACCGUCAUCCAUUUUCAAGUCACAGUGUUGCCUAAAAGAGUCAUUGAAGAGAUACCGAAACCCAACACUGGAAUCCAGAACCAGCGGUUCGGAUCCCUCAAGCGGUCAGAGUGCCUGAAGCCUGAGAAAGAGCCGAGAGGCUUUCUGUUAGAGAUGCUGACCUGGGGCUUUGUGUUUCUCAUUAUCGGCUUUGCCACUGCCGUCCUUUGCUUUCGGUAUGGGACGGUGAUCCAUUCCAUAAACCUCUGGUUCCGCACCGACAAGGCAGCUGCCCCACAGGACGAGGUUAAAGAGAGUCGGCCGUCCCAGAGCCCGCUGUCACAGACCCAGGUUCCGCCGGAACCAACGGAAAAGGCCACAGCACCCAAUCACAAAUAAAGAUUUAUCUGGUUGCCUAAA